GCUCCCCCUCCCCCACGCGCUGCCGCGGCCGCCGCAGGAGCCCAGAGCUCUAGCCGCCCGGCGACUCCCCCUCCCCCUCCCCAGCCCCGCCCCGCCCGGAGCCGGGGCUCCCGAGUCGGAGCCGAGUCUGCGCCUAGGGGUGAGUACGCGGACCCCUCCCCAGCACCCCUUACUUGGCUCAUAGGAUCUCACCACCACCCCAAGGAAGGAAAAAAAAAGCACCCGGACUCAGCUGCGCGUCCCCUCCCUUCCACCUCCUGCGGGACCCAGAGGUGCCCGGGCCCCACGGGACCCAACGGAGGCACGCUUUGUCCCCAAACCCGCACCGUCCCUGCCAGAUGAGGAUCAUGCGGCAGUAGCAGCCAUGCUGCCGUUCUUGCUGGCCACACUGGGCACCGCGGCCCUCAACAGCAGCAACCCGAAGGACUACUGCUACAGUGCCCGGAUCCGCAGCACUGUCCUGCAGGGCCUGCCCUUCGGGGGCGUCCCCACCGUGCUGGCUCUGGACUUCAUGUGCUUUCUUGCCCUGCUGUUCUUAUUCUCUAUUCUCCGGAAGGUGGCCUGGGACUACGGGCGGCUGGCCUUGGUGACAGAUGCAGACAGGCUUCGCCGGCAGGAGAGGGAGCGAGUGGAACAGGAAUAUGUGGCAUCAGCUAUGCAUGGGGACAGUCACGACCGGUAUGAGCGUCUCACCUCCGUCUCCAGCUCUGUCGACUUUGACCAAAGGGACAAUGGCUUCUGUUCCUGGCUGACAGCCAUCUUCAGGAUAAAGGACGAUGAGAUCCGGGACAAGUGUGGGGGCGACGCUGUGCACUACCUGUCCUUCCAAAGACACAUCAUUGGGUUGCUGGUUGUCGUGGGCGUCCUCUCUGUAGGCAUUGUGCUGCCUGUCAACUUCUCAGGGGACCUGCUAGAGAACAAUGCCUACAGCUUUGGGAGAACCACCAUUGCCAACUUGAAAUCAGGGAAUAACCUGCUCUGGCUACAUACCUCCUUCGCCUUCCUCUACCUGCUGCUCACCGUCUACAGCAUGAGGAGACACACCUCUAAGAUGCGCUACAAGGAAGAUGAUCUGGUCAAGCGGACUCUUUUCAUCAAUGGAAUCUCCAAAUAUGCAGAGUCGGAAAAAAUCAAGAAACAUUUCGAGGAGGCCUACCCCAACUGCACAGUUCUGGAAGCCCGGCCCUGUUACAACGUGGCUCGACUUAUGUUCCUUGAUGCUGAGAGGAAGAAGGCUGAGCGGGGAAAACUCUACUUUACGAACCUGCAAAGCAAGGAAAAUGUACCCGCCAUGAUCAACCCCAAACCGUGUGGUCACCUCUGCUGCUGUGUGGUUCGAGGCUGCGAGCAGGUGGAGGCCAUUGAGUACUACACAAAGCUGGAGCAGAGGCUGAAGGAAGACUACAGGCGGGAGAAGGAGAAAGUGAACGAGAAACCUCUGGGCAUGGCCUUUGUCACCUUCCACAAUGAGACCAUCACAGCCAUCAUCCUAAAGGACUUCAACGUGUGCAAAUGCCAGGGCUGUACCUGCCGCGGGGAGCCGAGAGCCUCCUCCUGCAGCGAAGCACUGCAUAUCUCCAACUGGACCGUGACCUACGCCCCUGACCCUCAGAACAUCUAUUGGGAACACCUCUCCAUCCGAGGCUUCAUCUGGUGGCUGCGCUGCCUGGUCAUCAAUGUGGUCCUCUUCAUUCUGCUCUUCUUCCUCACCACCCCGGCCAUCAUCAUCACCACCAUGGACAAGUUCAACGUCACCAAGCCUGUGGAGUACCUCAACAACCCGAUCAUCACCCAGUUCUUCCCUACGCUACUGCUGUGGUGCUUCUCGGCCCUGCUCCCCACCAUUGUCUACUACUCCGCCUUCUUCGAAGCACACUGGACGCGCUCCGGGGAGAACAGGACGACCAUGCACAAGUGCUACACCUUUCUCAUCUUCAUGGUGCUGCUUCUGCCCUCGCUGGGGCUGAGCAGCCUAGACCUCUUCUUCCGCUGGCUCUUUGACAAGAAAUUCCUGGCUGAAGCAGCUAUUCGGUUUGAGUGUGUGUUCCUGCCCGACAACGGCGCUUUCUUCGUGAACUACGUCAUUGCCUCAGCCUUUAUCGGUAACGCCAUGGACCUGCUGCGCAUCCCAGGCCUACUCAUGUACAUGAUCCGGCUCUGCCUGGCGCGCUCCGCCGCUGAAAGACGCAACGUGAAGCGGCAUCAGGCCUACGAGUUCCAGUUUGGCGCAGCCUACGCUUGGAUGAUGUGCGUCUUCACGGUGGUCAUGACCUACAGUAUCACCUGCCCCAUCAUCGUGCCCUUCGGGCUCAUGUACAUGCUGCUGAAGCACCUGGUAGACAGGUACAAUCUCUACUACGCCUACUUGCCGGCCAAACUGGACAAGAAGAUCCACUCGGGGGCUGUGAACCAGGUGGUGGCUGCGCCCAUCCUCUGCCUCUUCUGGUUGCUCUUCUUCUCCACCAUGCGCACGGGUUUCCUAGCCCCCACGUCUAUGUUCACCUUCGUUGUUCUGGUAAUCACCAUCGUCAUCUGUCUCUGCCACGUCUGCUUUGGACACUUCAAAUACCUCAGUGCCCACAACUACAAGAUUGAACACACAGAGACAGAUGCCGUGAGCUCCAGAAGUAAUGGACGGCCCCCCACUGCUGGCGCUGUCCCCAAAUCUGCGAAAUACAUCGCUCAGGUGCUGCAGGACUCAGAGGGGGACGGGGACGGAGAUGGGGCUCCUGGGAGCUCAGGCGAUGAGCCCCCAUCGUCCUCCUCCCAAGACGAGGAGUUGCUGAUGCCUCCUGAUGGCCUCACGGACACAGACUUCCAGUCAUGCGAGGACAGCCUCAUAGAGAAUGAGAUUCACCAGUAAGGGGAGGGAGGGGCCCUGGAGGCCACGCCCUGCCCCUCCCCCCACCCUCACGGACACUAAAAAAAAAAAACGCUAAUAAUUUAUUAGAACUAAAGCCCCCUCCUCCUACCCCAUCCCCUGCUUUCAUUAAGGUAUUUAAACCUGGGGAUUUCACCACUCUCUCCCACCAUGGAGGGAGAGAGGGAGCCCCCCCAACCUCAGUGAGGACAGCCCCGAGCAGGCCCCGGGGCAAAGAGGGGUGUGGAGGGAAUACCCCCAGAUCAGCCUCACCACCCAGUAGUGUGGCCAGGAAAGGGUUAAUGAGAGCCAAGGUGGGUACCUGGAACCAUGGCUGGAGGCCUGGGGAAAGCAAGAUCAGGAGUUGUCACCCAGUCUCUUUCCUCCCCUUCACUGCCCCUGGAUCUGGGCCUCCAGGGACUUGGAACCUGCAGCCCUCUGGGAUGCAGGAGAAGGGAGGGGUGCACAGUGUGGGGGAAGAGUCAGGCCCGAGCCAGGGGUUGACCCCGGGGGGAGGGGGGCAUGGCUGACACUGGAAAAUGGGGUUUUUGCACUGGGUUUGUUGGUUUUUUGUUUUUGUUUUUGUUUUCAUUUAAAAUAAAAACAAAAGCUGUGA